AUGGGCAAGUCCGAUAGUGAGAUCUUUCCAGGAGGCACCAAGAGAACCAGCCUCUUUCACCUGGUGCUGCUGCUUGGACUUGUAGUGGCAGUCUUCUCGAUAGAUUACUUCUUCUUUGCGAACAUCGACCAGCUUCCUAGUGUGAGGGAAGCCUGCGGGAGUGCAGACUGGAUUGUGGGAUGUCUUCUCUUGGCCGGCGGAGGCCAGGCCAUCUACCUGAGAUCCAGGGCUAAAAGCUGCAAGGGGUCCGUCAGGCACAAGACCCAAGAGAGCCAGCUGAGCCAGAGCAAGCCCUCAGAUGGCCAAGUUCCGAACAGCCCCUGCAAGCAACUCAAAUCUGCCCAACAGACCUUGAACUUCCAGCUGGGCCGCGCAUCAUCCGGUAAGGCCGCAGUACUGGAGGAGUUGGUUAGUGAGUUUGAGGCGGCCCAUGGUCCACCCGACACACUCAGCUAUAACCUUGUGAUCCGGGCCCUUGCAAAAGAAGGCCAGUACCAGGCCGCCGGGCAAUGGCUUACACACAUGGAGAAGCAAAACGUCAAGGCCACAGUGUGCAGUUACAACACAGUGUUGGAUGCGUGUGCUAAGGCAGGCAAAGCCAAGGACAGCGAGUUCUGGUUGCAACGAAUGCUUGAUAAAGGCUUGCAGGCCAACGUUAUCAGCUUUGCCACUGUUGUUCAUGCCUUUGCUCGGGGCGGUGACGAAGCCUCUGCGAGCAUGUGGCAGUGGCAGAUGCUGGAGAGGGGGAUUGAGCCUGACAGCAUCAGCUACAACUCCUUGAUCCAUGCAUGCUCCGUGAAGGGAAAAAUUGAUGCGGCUGAAAGUUGGCUUGAGGAGAUGCGAAGCCGAGGUCUGGAAACUACUGUGACCACCUACGCAAGUUUGAUUGAUGCAGCAGCAAAGGCAGGUGACUUGGAGAAGGCAGAGAAAUGGAUGAAGGAGAUGCUGGAUCUGGGCAUCCAGCCCAAUGUCGUCUCUUUUGGUGCAGUCAUCAAUGCUUGUGCAAAGGCCUGCAACUUACAGCGUGCUGAGCACUGGCACUCUCGCAUGCUGGAGCUGGGGAUCCGACCAAACCUCAGAAGUUACAGCGCCGUAAUCAAUGCUUGUGCGAAGGCAGGAAAAGCAGAUCAAGCAGAAAAAUGGUUGCAGAAGUUGGAGGAUGCAGGGCUUGAGAGUGAUGCCGUGGUAUACAGCAGUGUAAUAGAUGCCUGCGGCAAAGCAGGUGAUUGUGAAAAGGCAAUGGCAAUCUUCAAGCGCAUGCAGGGGAGAGGUAUAUCACCUCACGUUGUUACGUACUCUGCAUUAGCCAGACCCUUUGCUUACAGAGGAAACUGGCAGCAAGUAGAAGCACUUGGGGAUGAGCUCAGAGCCAAUGGCUGCCAACCGAAUGACUACUUCAUCUAUGCCCAGCUCCUAGCAUACGCCACGGCCAGACCCAAAGAGCCGGAAAGAGCAGAGAGCCUCUUCCGUGAGGCGGUGCAGGAUGGCGUGUCAAUUAAUUCGUACAUUCACGGUGGCCUCUCAAGAGCCCUUGGUCGUAAACGAGCCUCAGAGCUCAUGCAAGAGCUCAACGUUUCGAUGCCCAAGUAA